UCUCCCGCGACUACCCGCCACCCGCACAUCACCAAUUGUGGUCACUUCAUAGCAGACAAGUUGUAUGUCGAGAGUGUUUGUUAAGAUCAAACGCAACGCAUCUCGUCUUAGGAACCGCUGAUAUGUCCGGCGAACGAUUUGUCGGCCUCAGCGCCCGACAGCCUGUCCCCCGCCUCCUAAGCGUCGUAGGCGGGAAGAACGUCACCAAAGACAUGGAGGCUAUUGAUGUGGAUGCUCCGCCCCUGAGCAGCUCUGAUUCGAGCGACAACGACGGACUUUCAACGAGAGGAAACAUCACAUCAAGUCACUUCACCAGCUCCCGUGCUAAGGAAAAGUCUCCCCCAGGGCGAGGCAUCAAAACUGCAGGGGCCAGCAGAAAAGGUAUUGCACCAGCAAACUUCACACGGACCCGGGCAUCUGCACGAUCGGUCGCUGGGGGGGGGCGCGGCACAAGCCUGAAAGGCACGAAGGAUCAAGAGGUGAUUGACAGUGACACUACCGCGGGCUCCCCUGCCUCGAAGAAACCUAGGCGGACUUCACUGAGCGAUGGAGAGCGAGGCAGCCAAUUCGAUGUGGACAUGUUUGCCAAAAAACCGACUGCGAGCCGGCGUUACGGCAGCAGGUUCAAAUCGUCGGGUGGCCAGCCCAGGCCAAAGGCGUCACCAACGAGGAGGUUCAAGCGCCCACCCAAAGAGCCAACACCAGAGGAGGAGGACCCAGACAGGUAUAAGCUCAAGCUCCCCUCCUCGCCCUCAGGGAUGAGAGACGAGGCCCCGUCGCCAGCCCGCAAGUUCAAAGCCAUCCCAGAUCUCGCUUCACCCGUCAAGUCUCCAAUACGGAAGAAACGGCUGAGAAUGCCGGAUAGCGACGGCCUGUUGUUUCCGGGGGAACUCGAAAACAGUGAAGCGUCCCAGCGACCGGUUUUCACAAUACCAGACGAGCUUCCGGAGUCCUUUAUGGGAGGAGACAACGACAGGUUCGACUUUGCCCUUUCCCAAACGGGCGACGCACUCAAAGAGCCCAACCUCAUCCGGGACUCGACCUCCCCGCUCACCGACCUCGAAACCCUCAGCCCAACCCCACUCUGCCCGCUCUGCAACAAAGAAGUCGACCAGGCGCAGCUCGACGAGUUCAAGGCGAGCCAGGGGCGCAUGACGGUGGCCGGGAUGCGGCGGUUCUGCGAGCAGCACCGGCGGCGGACGGCGCGCGAGACGUGGGUGCAGAAGGGGUACCCGGACAUCGAGUGGGCGCGGCUGGACGGGCGCAUCGCGCGGCACUACGGCUUCCUGCGGCGGAUCCUGGCCGACGGCGAGCGCUGCCACCACGGCGACCUGUUCCGGGACGCCGUGCGCGAGGGCCGCAACCGCACCCUGCUGCAGUCCGACGCCAACCUCACCCCGGGCUACUACGGCAUCCGCGGCCUGCGCGCCAUGACCGAGAACCUGAUCUGCGAGUUCGCCGCCCUGCUGCGCAGGCGCUCCGUCGAGGAUCGCCUGAUCGCCGCCAGGGGCCACACCAUGUACCUGCAGGCCGUGUUGGUGCCCGAGCUGGCGGUGCGGCUGAUCAUGGAGGAUAUGGGCGUGGGGGUGGAGGAGGCCCGGGAAAUCUUGACGGAGAGCAGUGCCGUUGGGGAGUUGUUGAAUGACGAGAUCCCCGAUGUUAUUUUAAGCGAUGAUGAUGAUGACGAUGACGAUAGAGAUGAGGCGGAGUCGGGCUAGACUUAUUUGCUAGGUAUUUUCUGCUGGGUAGUGUACAAUAGGGGCACUGAUGGUUUUCCGUGGAACAUGAACCCGU